UUCCAUCAGCCUCUUCGGUCAAUCCUCCUUGUUGUUAAGUCUGCUGUAUUGUUAUCGCCGCGAUCACCUCUGACAUUCUCUUAUAUUUGACUGCUGAGUAAAGAAGAAUUGUCACAACGCGAAACUCUGUGUGCUCUGUGGUCGCUAGCAUCGGCAACGCCUUCCAGAACACGUUGUAAUUUAUUGUCUGAUACAGAACAGAGCCGCCGACGUGGAGAUCGGCUCAUAAGAACGCUCAUCAUGGCGAACCACCUCUUCUUGCUCUCACUCGUUGCUGCACUGACCUUACCGGGCUUGAUCCUGGCGCAAAACGACACGACGCGACAGCCAGGGACCAGUGGCGCCGAUGUGGUGAAGGCGGCGGUACACGUGCUACGGGAGAAAUGUGUGUUCCCGAACGACCACCUGUUCCUCAGACGUCUGGCUUAUGUGCUCACGGAGGACGGGACUGACCCCAGCACGUACAGGCCGGGUUAUGAUGGGGGGAUCUGGAAGGUCGAUAACGACACGUUUCAUUUGACGUUAAAGAUUGUCAACGACGACCUCUUCGAAGAGGCUUUUGGGAUCACGUGGUCUCAGGUCACGUGGGAUGAACUACGCAAGCCUCUAUACUCCGUCAUAGCUGCUUCUCUAUACGUCAUAAGUCAUACCCCAAACGGACAAUUUCCUGUAACUGAAGACGAACAAGCGGCCCUUUAUCACUCCCUGUUUGGUGGAAGCGCCUCAGACUUUAAGAAAAACAUUACAUCGCUGGAUACUGGCAUGCAUCUUGGCAAACAAGGAAUCUACAAAUCUACCCAUUUUAACUUCAGUGUCUACAAUUCAUCCUCGAGUGCAAAGAAUGCAGUUCUGAGAAUUCCUAAAAUAUCUGGCGGAACUUCCACCUGGUUGGCUUUAGAUGAAGCAGCGGACACGUUGUUCUCGAAUACCUCAACGCGUCCAGGUGCAUCACGGGUGGCAGUACUAGCGACCGACGGUUACUCCAUUCUGUCGAUGACCAACGCCAGCGCAGAGCGUCUGAAAAGCAAGGAUGUGUCAGUUUUUGCCAUUGGUGUGGGAUCCGGAACAAACUUACAGGAACUCAACGCCAUCGCGUCCACUCCCAAAUGCAUCCACAUGAGAGAACUGAGCGGCUUUUCCGAACUGGCUUCCAUCAUCACAGACAUCAAGGAAGAGUCUUGUAAAGCGGCGGCCGUACAGAAGGAGGGAAGUAACAACACGUACAGCUGCCAGAAGGAAACCGCCUUCAGCCUAGAUGUCCAAAAUGGCUACUCGGUGGUGGUACGACCGGACAGCGGGCAUGUGGACAUAUACGGCUCCUUCUCCACCAGCCUGCCCAGUGCUGCCCUCAGUGAUUUCAGCAGCGAGGCCAAGUCAAACAGGCCUGUUAUAUUGUUUAUAGAGGAAAAGGGCAAUGAAAGGAAGAUCUACCUCACCGUGAGCUCCAGCCCCAACAAGACCGGAGACUGUCAGUCGUAUUUUGAGCUAGUUGUCUACACGAAGAACGUUCUCAGUUUAGAAGUUCCGUUGGUGCCACUGUGCGCGAUAAAUGGGACAGCCAACGCCUGUGAUAUCCUCACCAUCAUAAAGGGACAGCUCAACAUCGGAAAUAAGACUGCGAAUACAACUGCAACGACCAGCAGCGACACUACCAUUUUACCCGAAAACCAGACCUCCCCUUUCCCGAACACGUCCAGUCCCCAUAUCAAGCCCACUGCACCGGCCACGCCCACUCCAAGCACCACCCACAUACCGUGUCCAGGCAGCGGGCCAGGAGUGUACGCCCACCCAGUCUCCAAAACCAGCUACGUGGCGUGCGCGGAGGAUGGUUCAGUCUAUGUCUUCCAGUGCCCGGCGGGCUUGUCCUUCACUGUGAAGGAACGAAGGUGCUCCACCCCGGUACGUUACAGAAACGUUACAUGUACGUUACACGAUCCAACUGUAACAUACCCCACGCUGGGCUUGGCCUCUGACGUCACGCCGGCCAUCUUCUACGUGAGGGACGCCACUGGGCCCAUGUACUUGACCGUCGGAGGUGGCUCAGGGAGCUGCAGUGGCUUCGUCAACGUGACUAGGCUGGACGGUAACGCCCUACACAAGUUUGAUUCAGCCUGCUUCAGGCACUGUGGAAAUUUUCGGCUCAUUCAGCAACAAUCGCCCAAGCGCAAGUAA